AUGGAAGAAGAAAUCCUACCCCAGUUGACCCCUCUCGAUCAAUAUCUGGAGACGGAGGGGAAACUCGCAGCUUCGAUUAGAUGGCUCAUCCUACGUGUGUACGAACAAGAAAAGGACAUACCCGAUAAACUGCGACAUGGGGCAUUCCGGGAUGAAAGGGGACAUUUGCAACUAGACGUCGCCAUUAUUACUGGUUUAACAAACGGUUCCUUGUACUCGCAGGCUGCUGCUAAGAUAUUUAAGGAACCGCAGCUCGUAGCGCAGUCUCAUGGAGCGGUGCUAGCUGCCUUAGUCGACUACGGUAUCGAUGUCGUACAGUGUUGCGACGGAGGUACAUCACCAGUAACUGAGACAGCGCUUUUCUCAGCUGAUAAUUUCAACAUGGCGGCGCAUCUAGCAAUGAUGGAUGCGUUAAUGCUCGCUCAUCUUCGGAACGUCAUCACAGUUGGUCGAGUAAUCGAUGCCGUGAGUCGACACACGACUGUUGACGAAAGCGAGCGACCAAUGGAUUCAGUGGACGCGCUCCUAUUUUGGAUUAAUAAGGUUUGCCUUUUGGUGCGAGAUGACGUUGAACGGUCCCAGAUACAACUGAAAGGUGGUACUGAUGGUGGAAUGAUCCCUGAAAUGGAAGAUCUCUACGAUGAAAUCAGUGAUGGCCAAUGUCUUUGUACUCUCGUAGCUUGGUAUCGACCGAGAGAAAUGGAAAUUGAAGAUAUUUGCUAUAACGAUCAAAUGAGUACAGCUCAUUGCCAUUACAACCUGCUUUUGUUACAGCGUUUCUGUCACAACUGUCUGCCGUGGAAUCCAUUUCAUUUUGAAAUUGAAGAUAUCCUUUAUCUUCAUGACUCACUCCAAAUGAAUAUCAACGUAUUUUUGGCCGACUUAUUCGAGAUCUUUGAACCUGCCCCCACCGGUGGGUAUAGCUUUGUUGUUCAACAAGAAGCUGUUACAUCUCCACGUCGAUUCGUACCUAUCCAGGGAAUCCCAGACCUGCGAUCUGCUAAUUCAGCUGCUCGUAGCCCACAUCCUCCAAGAGUUAGGAAUCCUUUCAGCAGUGUACAUGUAACAUCCACUCCAGGAGGUGGAAUGACCAUGCCAUCUCGAUCGAUCAGUAUGAUGAGUCAAGACAGCUUGCUCACCAAUAGGACUCACGAUUCCUGGCAAGUUGCGCCUCAGCACCAGGCAUCAGAGUACUGGAAUGCGAAUGUUACUAACUUCGGCCGCUUAGUUCAGCCUGAUGGAGGCAGUAACGGGAAUUUGUCAACUGCUGCAUGUUCGCCAUAUGCCAGAAGCGAUUCUCUUCCUACUGCUUCUAUAAGGCUUGCAUUGGAAGAAAAGCGCCGCGAUCACGAAAAACGGAAGGCUUUGAUAAGCACAAUGACUGAAUCGGAACGAGCUGAAAAAGGCAAAGCAGCAUUCUUUGCUUUAAUGAGCAGGUGUGACGCUACAGAUCCUGCCUCAACUGAGUCGCCUAAUGCGAAAAUGAUUCGUGAGUUGGAUCGUAAACUGACUGACUUAGCUCAGCAAGUAUCAAUCAUGAACAUGGCUCCAGAACAACAACGCAUGAGUCGUGCACUUUCACAGCCAAGUGUUUAUCAAGAUCCUCCACAAAUGCCUCCUAAUUCGGCAAGAGCUGGUUACGGGACUCUACCCCAUAAUUUGACAACGCAAGCAGUUCCCAACUAUGCACAGCCGUAUGCACAACAACAACAACAACAGCAGCAGCAACAGGAGUUUUACAGCUAUGCCCAGUCACAGGGGCACUAUGCGCAACCUCAACAGAUGCGUUCGAGUUUAUCUAAUGGAAUGUUGAACUAUUUGUCUGGCCAAGCGCCAUCGUACGGCGAGUACCCUACGAAUUUGGUUCAACCGCAUCAAAUACAACCUCCUCCUGGAUAUACAGCAGACCCGUAUUCCUCACAUCCGGGCACAUACAUGCAACAACAGCCACAACAACCAGGUUAUUCUAUGAUGCAUCAGUCAGCUCACGCCGCCACUGGUUUCUCACUUCAUCAGCCGUCAGCGGUAGGUGUCGCACCAAUGAUGCCCCCGGCUGCAUCCACUUACUCGUCCGUCCAAGCUAUGGCGCCAUCGCUAGAUACGCAUAACUCUUCACCUUCUUAUCCACUACAACAUCAGCCUGGACAACUUAUCUCAACGAGUGGAAUGAUCCCUACGCAACAACAACAGCUUUACUCGCAGCCGUUUUCGUCGUAUCAGGGCACACCACAACUCGAGAACCAACCACCGCUCGACUUCGAAUCUCAGGAAGGAGUUUCCACUUUCCGGCUACACAGUCAAGAUAUAUGGCGAAAUACCUACAGGAAAGACAGGAACAAUCCUACAGAAAAUGCAUCAUCUAGCCGAAUCGAUCCGCCCUUAGAAAUCAAUCGCAAUUUGACAAACUGGGGCAUGACAUAUCAAAAGGGUCAUACGGGUCGCCCACAAAGGAGAACAUGGGAAAAUCAGACAUUCAUCAAAAGUGAGCACGAUUUGGUGAAUCAACCAGAUCUUGUUCCCACAAUUCCCAGUGAGGAUGAUCAGAUACAGCGACAAUCUCCGUGCCCUGUUGGAGCAACUCAGAGACGCUCUAGAGAUUCUCGUGAAGGAAGCGAUAGCACAACUGCUCCAGAACCUGAGCGUGUGCGAGUGCAAGAUCAAACAGUCGCUCCACCGCAGCCAUCGCCACCACGUGAUCCAGCGAAUCACACAAACGGUACAAUGUCUGAACAAAAUAGAACAACAGCACCAUCAGGACCAGCUUUUGUUGUCAGCGACGAUCAAGCAGCCGAGGAUUUCGACAAAAUUGCUGAGCAACGUCGUCAGGCUAAGCGAGCUGCUCUUCUCGCAAAGACAAUGAAACGCAAGGAGGAAAUUGAGAACAAGGUGGAUCAAAUUGAGCAGAGGAAUGCCGAGAAAAGAUUGGCGGAGUUAGCCAAACGUGAAAUGGCAGAGCAGCGCAAGUUGGAGAAGGAGUUACAGCGCCAAAAAAUUCUGGACGACUACAAGCGAAGAAAAAUGGAAAAAGAAUUGGGUGUUGAGUCAGGGUCGAAUUCUGCUCGUGGUCCUCCUGGUCGUGGCCAUUCGCAGCCGCCUUUUAUUCGUACCAAGUCACAGAUGUCUGAGUCAGCGUUAAGUACGGAUGGAGUGGAGAAGGGACGUCCACCUAGAGUACGCGGGCAGUCCACCGUUGAACAGCGCAUUUCGGUUUCAAGCUUGCAAGAACCAACCCACAAGCUCUUUGCCAAGGCUGCUCCGAAGUCUAAUCGAGGCUUGAUUAUUAAUGCUCUUCAGUACAGUGUAUUUCCUGGGGCCGUAAAUGACCAGACGAGGAUGAAGACGAUGAACGAUCUGGCUGCUUCCGAUGCGAAACAUUUUCUCAUCCUCUUCCGGGACUAUAAGUGUCAGUAUCGAGGCUUAUACAGCUGGGAUCAGGUAUCUGACACAGCUAUCAAAAUUUCGGGACAGGGUCCUUCAAAGUGUUCGGAAAGUAUCAUGAAGCUGAUGUUCAAAUAUGAUUCGGGUGCGAAGAAUUUCUCACAAAUACCCACAAAGCAUCUCGGUGCGACAAUCGACGGUUUCUCAAUUCAGGACCAAUUUUGGCAGAAGCCUAAAAUCCCCUAUAGUGGUGCAGCGUCCCAUCGAAAUAAUUGA